AUGGCCGAAGCCACCAGCACCUCUCCUGCUGGCCCUUUGAAUGGGAAUGGCCGUGCCCGGACGUCUCGUCCUCCUAGGCCCAACUACAGGGACAUUCAUCGCUUCCCUCUUCCUGUUACAAUUCACAAUGUUCCCUCCGUAAUUCCUCAUAAUCCUCUUUCUCUCAUUAGCGUCGCCCUCUCGUAUCUAUCUUGCUUGAUCUCCCCUCCUCGCCAAGAACUCUAUACUGCAUACUUCGAUUCAGCGACCUCUGCCGUCCAUGUCACUGAUGAGAAGACUAUUAACGCUCUGUGGCGGAUGGGCUUCUUCGGCAAGGGUAAUCUAAGUCGAAGUGAGCCCAGCUGGCUGGAGCGUGAAAAGAAGCGCAGAGGGUAUCUCGGUGGUAAUACUAGUGAGGAGGCUACAAGGAAACGCAGAGCUGAGCGUCGCGAGUUGAAGCUUGAGCGUGCGAGGGUGGAGAGACAGAUGAUUGAGGAAAGACUCAAGGCCGAGGCUGCAGCCAGAGAGUCUGGUUCUAUGACUCCAGAUGGUGGUGAUGCUGUUCCAGCACCUCCCACCUUGGAAAAGUUCUCUGUCAAGAAGGCCCUCGAGGCCAAAUACCAACAAAAGCGACAGCCGGCACAACAGAAUGGAAGUGCUACACAGGCCGACGCAACCCCUCAGACCUCCAAUGGCAAGGCUGUACGAUUCUCGCCGAUCGUCGAAACGAAGGAAGUCGCUCCUCAAAUAAACGAUGACGACGAUGAUGCCGAUCUCGAACUCGAGAAUGAAGAGCACCUACAGCUCUCCAACGAAGAGACAUUCUUCCUGGCGUACACCCUCGGGGUACUUCAAGUUGUUGACCGCGAAACCAAUACCGUCAUCCCAACCUCCUCCCUGUUCCACCGCCUCUGCCACCAUUCCCACUUCCCGCCGCGCAUCGGAACCGCUGAUCUCCAGCCCGACGACCCAUUUUUGACAUCGUACGCUGUGUACCACCACUUCCGUUCUCUUGGCUGGGUGGUUCGCUCCGGUGUAAAAUUCGGGACGGACUACUUGCUCUACAACCGUGGCCCUGUUUUCUCCCACGCUGAAUUCGCUGUCAUUAUCGUGCCUUCCUACGAGCACCCUUACUGGAGUGAGACACAAGAACGCAAGGACUACGUGGCUCGGAAACAAGACCGAAGUUGGUGGUGGCUGCACUGUGUGAACCGAGUCCAGGCCCAUGUGAAGAAGAGCCUGGCCAUUGUUUAUGUGCAGAUCCCGCCACCUCAAUCCUCAUACGACGAUAUUGGAGGUGUUCUUGGUCAAUACCGCGUGCGAGAGUUUCUUCUUCGACGAUGGAUCCCCAAUCGGAGCCGUGAUUAG